UACGUGGAUGUGGCUCUGGGCACUCUGCUCUAGGGGUCCUUGCUGGAGCCUGGAGUGGGCCUGAUGGAUCCAGAGGUCCUUUCCAACCGCAGCCAUUAUGUGGUUCUGUGAGACUGUGAUGUCUGAACGGAAUGGAGGCAGCCAUAGGUUUCCUCUGAGCCACCUGUGUUUGCCCUUUCUGGCACCCAAGGGCUGCUGGGGGUGCAGCUGAGCGCCUCAAACAUGGGGAAGAGGUGGAGCACAACAGGCUCAGCUCCUCCAGCCCUGAGCUCAACCACAAUGGCCUCACCCUCACACUGUUCUCUAGCAACUAAUAGUUUGCAGACAUUGAACUGCCCAAGGCAGCUCCACCCACUGCAGGCUGCAGGCUGAGACUGUUUUUGGGACCUGCUGGCUGCUUGGGUUUGGGCUCUGGCAAUGAGACUGUGCACUGGAACCAGGGAACCUCCUCCUAGAAAAAUACUUAGGAGUCUGACAACUUUUUAUGUUCCACUUUGUUUGCAGAAAGUUCCACUUUCAAGCUAUAGUUAACAUCUGGCUUUUGAGGUUUACCAGCGGAUGUUACAGAGGUUUCACCAUGUAGAAGGAAGAUGGCUAUUUUUAGUCCUCCUACAUGCUCUGGGGUGUUCCAAGUCUUGAUUUAGAAGUUUUAUAGGGAUUAUUUAGGGGCUAUUAGCGCUUGUGCAUCUUGAAAGUCUCAAAAGAUAUCAGUGCUACUUUGCUGUAUACUGCACACUAGCUUAUAAUUUAAAUACCGAAUUAAGAAAGAAACAGCAUUAGAACAUCAUCCAGCAAUCCCCAAAUAUCAAGACACCAGAAAACUAGUGGAAACCAUUUCUGUUUUUAACAUACUUGCAUUUCAUAGGUCUGAUCAGAUUCUUUCUGCAAAGCAAAUACAUGUUCCUGCACCUCCCCUUUGCCAGUCAGAAAUGUGCUGGCUGCAUUUGGCUUUGGAAAUGCAUUACAUGGCAGAUGAAGGAAAUCCUUGAGGCAGAAGAAUAGACUGGAGUCAGGAGAUCUGCUGGUCAUUUCCAGCUCAGCUGUGCUCUUCCUGUGUCACUUGAAUUACCAAACUGCUUUGUGUCUGCUUCUUAUCUGUGAAAUGUGAAUAUUACAGAGGUGAACUCAGUAACCUUUGUAAAGCAUGUUGGGAAAGCAUUAGGCUUGUUGAUGGUGAUAAUCAUGCUUUCAAGGCAGGUGAAAAGAAGCAAAUCUGUAUUAAAUAUGCCUUUGAAACAUAUGGCUGUCUUUGAUUUGGGAUUGUAUCUGUAUAGAACUUCUAAUGUGAUUUAUUGGUAAAUUUAUUAGUUAAAAUUCCAUAAAUGCUUUCAUGCCAGCAAAUCCCUCAAGUAGAAUUAUACACAUUUUUUCUAACUUUGAAAGCUUCCAAAACGAGUGCUUACUGCAGAAGCUUGUGUUGUUAACAGGGCUUGAUUCUUAGCACGUUAGGAAUGAAAGUAAUGUGAUUUUACUGUCUUGCAAUGCAAAUCUUUUGUGCAUGCAUCCGAGGAACUCACACAUGCAUAGUGCAGCAGUAGCACUUUAGAGGAACCCCUUUAAAGCAGCGCUUUGCAAAAUUUCAAACUGUGGAUCCACCCAAUUUUGAAAAAAAAAAAAAAAAAAGACAAACUAUCCUGCUUGAAUGGCUUUGAUUCCCAAGCAGCUGCAAUUUACGCUAAAAUUUGAAUGCUGCAUUACUUUGAUUUCUUCUGCUUUGCUUGUUAGUGUAGGUGUCAAUGCAUGUGGUUUUAUAUAGUAUUUUUGCAGCUGUAUUCCCAUCCUGCAGACCACUGAUCAAAUAGCAAUGUAUAUUCCAGGGACAGAUAAUCAAUGCAUUUAUUUAGGGCUUCCUCCAAAGCUAAUUAGAAAGAGAUGUGUAUGAGCCACUGGAAUGGAAAGACAAAGGUUAUAGUGCAACUGGCAUUUAAUGAGAAAGGAGCAGAUGAAAAGUUUCUUUCUAUAAGUGAAUUGAACAGGUUUAAUAAUUCAGGUUGGUUUUUGAUAGAAGAUGCACACACUGACUGAAUAAGUGCUUUUUUUAUACAGUAAAAACAGUCAUUUCCGUGAUAACCACUGCUGUGAUGGCAGCACUGGAAAUCGUCAGUCCUGGUGCAUAAGUGGAAAGUAACUGAGCUCUGAUUACACUUUAGGACCUUUUAAUAAAAUUUGGAAAGAAAACAAUAAAUACGUUUUCUCUAGGAGGCUCUGUUGUAUCCGGAGUCUCCUAAUCUCUGUGUUUGUGACAGCAGUUUGGUAAUAAAAUUAUUGAUCAUGUCCAUAAACAACCUUCUAACCUCAGUUAGUAGUGAUGAUAAAUGAACUACAACUAAGUGUUCCCCUGCUGCUGUUUUGCAACAAGAAAAAGUGCAAAGGUUACCUUUUAUCAUGUUCCUGGGUGGAGACACACUGCCUGGACUUUUACUUAGUUAAAUGAUGGUGAUAAAUUUAUUUAUGACACCUAGGUCAUGAGCACUUGGCCCUUUACAUUUUUGCUAGCUCGUAUGAAUUGAAAAUCAUUUUUAAUACUGCUGCUAAGUUUCAGGGAUUUGGCAGCUCCUGUGUAGUGGCAGUUCUUGGAUUGUGCAGAAGUAUCAGCUAUUUAAUAGACACUGAUUAUAAUACUGAUGAAUAGCUGUCAUUGCUAGUAUAACAAAUUGAUACAGUUUUAUGUGCAACUUCAAAAUGAACACAAUAACAUGCACUUGUGAUGCAAGCAGAGAUACCUACACGAAAUAGGACAAAUACCACAGUUUUUCCCUAUAAAUACUCCAGAAUCUCUUUUUCCUCACGAUUCACAGAACAUGACCAAUUAUCCAUCACAUUUCAGCUUUCACUGAAAAUAUGGCAUAAUAAAGGAUGUUAAAACUUCUCAGACGUUCUUAAAUUUUGAUUUUCUCUCCAGGCAGAGGGAAGGGUAAUGGAGAAAGGAGAUGGGAAAAAUCUUUCUAGAGACUUAAGUGUCCCCUUAUACUUUUAUAUAUCUAUAAAUUAUGAAGCCUUAACUCUAUUGUAAAUUUAGAACAUAAAAAUACAAAUAAAAAAUCCCUAUUAGUGAUUGUAGGGCUUGGGAAUGCAUAUGAGCAGGCAAGGAGACUCAGCUGUGUACCAUGUUUAUAAUGUGAUUUUUACUGGGAAGCUUAGUGACAAAACCAGAUCGACAAAAGCUCACCUGUGAUUGUUUGAGCAUUGCCAGCAUAACAAGUGCACCAGUGGCAGGCGUGUGUUGUGUUGCAUUUAUAGUUGUAGGUUUUUUUUUCAUGCAGCCAAGCACGUCUGUUGAGUAUGGGAUGUUAUUUAUGAUCGGUAUCACUGUGCCAGCAGAAGUCCCUCCGUGCAAUUUCAGGUAGUGGCAAAUUUUUGCAAUUUCAGUGAUAGAACUUGCAUCCUCAUAAGCAAGGCCAUCCACAGUGCACAGAACAGGUCAUAGAGUCAUUGAAUAGUCACAGAAUUGUUUGAGUUGGAAGGGAUCGUUAGAGGUCAUCUAGCCCAGCUCCCAGCAGCGAACAGGGACAUCUUGUGCUGCUCUGGAGAGUUACCCUCGCCUUGUGUAACACUCCCUCUGGAGGCAGUUUUUGAUGCCAAGUUUAUAAAAUGUACACUCUAGUCUAAGUAGUAAUUGCAAAAUCUGGCUCUUAUCUGGCUGCAGUGGCUAAGUUAAGAUUUCAGUGAACAUCUGAGCUGAUCUUGCGUACAUUGGUGUUAAUGAGUAAUAGAGAAUGCCAAUGGCAACAAAGCUCCCCUGAGUGCAGCAGUGUUGUACUGCCAGAUUGAGGUGAGAGCAGAGCUGAGCCCCUGAAGCUGCCAGACUGCACUGGGAAAUCAGUCUGGGCCAGGUAGAGGAGAAGUACAUCCCAGCUGGCUGUGGGCUCUGUGAUGCAGGCAUCUCUUCUACCUGGGUUCCUCACUGGUUCCUGCUCCUGGUGCUGCAUGGCUGAGUUGUUUGUAUGCUGUGCUGAUUGUAGGUCCCACAGAUACUGUUGUGUGGGAGCUCAACUUGACUGCCUGAGCAUAAACACCCAGUGCUUUUGCAGAUGCCCUGGGCAGUUCCCCUGCCCUGGCUCCAGGGGCUACUUCAGGAUAGCCCAGGCCUCCUGUAGGGCCUGCGCUGCACUUGUGUGAUGCAUGGGGUAUGGAGAUAUGGCAGGUUCCUUAGGAUGCUAAGUGACAAAAUAUUGGUGGUAGGUAGAUGGUUGGACUGGAUGAUCUUGGAGGUUUUCUCCAGCGUUGGUGAUUCUAUGAUUCUAUAUUUGAAAUGGCAUUGGGUGACUGUGUUUAGGCAACAGAAUUUUGCCCCAGGUUUCUACAGAUUACAGUGAGAGCUUUAAUGUCUAGCUAACAUACAGACAUUACAGACGUUUAGGUGUGGGUUAUCUGGAGCUGAAUCCCACCCUAUCAGUUAAGACAGACACAUUACAUGGGAACAGUAGCCAAUAAAAACAUGUAGUCUGGAUUGAAGUAAGUGUUUGUUUUCUGUAAGUUUCUGUAAGUGUUGUAUCUGUAGAAAUACAUUGUUGAAAUACAACUUAUACACUGUUAUAGGAAUGUCUGGAUAAAAUUUAUUAAUCUGCACCAGUAUAAGUCAUUAGAUCUGUUUGUGUUUGCAGACUUAUGAAUCUUAACUGAGGGCGCAGUCUAAAAGACAAGCUGAAUGAUCUUGCUUGCUAACACUGGUUACCCUGUUCUGUAGCCUGCCUGGCAGGCAUGAAUUUCAGAAAGACCAGCAUGGACUCAGCUUUCAUUAGACCUUCAGUUCUUGGGAAUCUUGAAAUUCCUUGAAAUUUCUGACCAGCACUUAGAAUUCUGGAGUCCAUGUGUGACACUUUGAUCUUCUCCCUACAUUAAGUGCCAUGCAUAUCUAUACCCGUGUCUGUAAAUGUCAAUAUAAACCCUAUUUCACUUGUAAGGGAUUAAUCACGAGAAGAUCAUUUGAGGUCAGUGGUGCUGUACCAGUAUGAAGCUGGUGAUAGCUACUUGCUUAAGUGCCCGAAGUAUUGGAGUCUCUGAAUUUCAUGCUGGGUAUUUUAUUCCUGGCAGUCAGCAUCUCUUGAUCAGGCCCCUCCUGCCUAAGUAGGUCACUUACAGCAGUGGUUAUCAGGUUAUCAGUCUGGUUUCCUCUGAUUUUUUGCUAGGAGAGGAUUACAAUUCUGUUAUUACUAUUCUUCAGUGCAUGUUAUGGGUGUAAGCCUAAAAAUACAUGUACUUCAGGAUUGUUUAUUGCACAGCAGAUCAGUCUCGCUGUCAUUUGAAUCAACUACUGUAGGUGGAGUGCUACAGGAGAACAGUCCUCUCUUUGCAAAUGUUAUUGGUCAAGAUAAGUGUGUAAAAAGCAGAUUAGGAGAUGACAUGUGACGUGUCCUUCCCUCAGUCUAAAAGUGCAGGUCAUGAGAUGAACUUUGCCUGACUGGUUAUGCAGGGAGUUUAUUUGCACUCAUGGUUCCUAGAGACAAGACUUUGAAAAAGAGAAAUAUAAAAUGACUCUGAACUCCUGUCUCAGUUACUGUAUAUGUGGAGAGCCUCUACCUGUGUCUGAUUCAGAGGUUGUUUCUGAUGACCAUUGGAAGAAGUCCCCAUCCCAGGAUGAAGAAAAGACAGACACGCAAAGGGUCACGCCCAGGAGAUGGGGCUCUGGAAAAAGGUCUCGGCCCAGACCACUCUCAGACUAUGGCCAAAUGUCAAUCAGAAGUAUCUCUAUACCUGAAGAUGCAGUUGCUGUGGAGUCACAGAAGACAGACUGCACGGAUGGAGAAAAUCAGCCAGGACUGGCUUCUGUUGGGUCUGUGAUCCAAAGCAAUACAGUAGGCUACUCCAGAGGGCGAAAAAGAAGACCCAUCUCUGUAAUAGGUGGGGUCAGUUUCUAUGGAAGCGGUCCGGCAGAAGAAAUUGAAGGUCUGCUGACACAACCCACCACGCGGCCGCCCGUCCCCGCACAUCAGGUGCCCCCCUACAAAGCUGUCUCUGCCAGGUUCCGGCCCCUCACCUUUUCACAGAGCACUCCCAUUGGCCUGGACCGCGUUGGGCGACGGCGGCAGAUGAGAACAUCUAAUGCUGCUGCAGAUGGCGGGACUGAAUCUUCAGCAUUGGUGGAUGACAAUGGCAGUGAGGAAGAUUACAGCUACGAGGAGCUCUGCCAAGCCACACCGAGGUACCUGCAGCCUGGAGGGGAACAGCUCGCCAUUAAUGAGCUGAUAAGCGAUGGCAGCAUUGUCUAUGCAGAAGCUCUCUGGGACCAUGUCACUAUGGAUGAUCAAGAGCUGGGCUUCAAAGCUGGAGAUGUCAUUAGAGUCCUGGAAGCUUCCAACAAAGACUGGUGGUGGGGAAGAAAUGAGGACAAAGAAGCCUGGUUUCCAGCUAGUUUUGUCAGGCUGCGAGUUAAUCAGGAAGAAUUGCCAGAAAAUUGCAAUAAUAUCCAGGAUGAAGAACAAGAUGCAGAUAUUAGCAAGCAUCGUCAGAAAAUAGCUGAAAACAAGGAUCAGAUGAGAACCAACGUUAUACAGGAAAUUAUGAACACAGAACGAGUCUAUAUCAAGCAUCUCAAGGACAUCUGUGAGGGUUACAUUCGGCAGUGUCGCAAACAUACAGGAAUGUUCACCACAGCCCAGCUAAGCACCAUUUUUGGAAAUAUUGAGGAUAUUUACAAAUUCCAAAGAAAGUUUUUAAAGGAUCUUGAGAAACAGUACAACAAAGAAGAACCUCAUCUGAGUGAGAUAGGGUCAUGCUUUCUCCAACAUCAAGAAGGCUUUGCUAUUUAUUCAGAAUAUUGUAACAAUCAUCCCAGUGCCUGCAUUGAACUUUCCAAACUAAUGAAACAGGGCAAAUACCGUCACUUCUUUGAGGCCUGUCGCUUGCUUCAGCAGAUGAUUGACAUUGCCAUUGAUGGUUUUCUUCUCACGCCUGUUCAAAAAAUCUGCAAAUACCCUCUGCAGCUUGCAGAAUUGCUCAAAUACACCACGCAGGAGCACAGUGAUUAUAACAACAUAAAAGCUGCUUAUGAGGCUAUGAAGAAUGUGGCAUGCCUAAUCAAUGAGCGAAAACGAAGAUUGGAAAGCAUAGACAAAAUUGCACGUUGGCAAGUGUCUAUAGUAGACUGGGAGGGACCGGAUGUGUUAGCCAGAAGCUCAGAACUGAUCCACUCAGGAGAACUGACCAAAAUAUCAAAGCAAGGCAAAAGCCAGCAGAGGACUUUCUUCCUCUUUGACCAUCAACUUGUGUUUUGUAAGAAGGAUCUACUGAGAAGGGACAUCUUGUAUUAUAAGGAUCGUAUCGACAUGGAUGAGAUGGAACUUGUAGACACUGAGGAUGGCAGAGACAAAGACUUUAACAUUAAUGUCAAGAAUGCUUUUAAGAUAAUAAACAGAACAACAGAAGAGGUUCAUUUGUUCUGUGCAAAAAAGCAAGAGGAUAAGAAGAGAUGGAUGGAGGCAUGUGAAAGUGAAAGGAGAAGAGUUCGAGAAGAUAAGGAAAUGGGAAUGGAAAUCUCAGAAAACCAGAAGAAACAAGCCAUGCAGAACGCCCGUAAGUCAAGGCAUGGAAAAAUGAAAGGUGUAAGCUAUAAUGGCUGUCCUGUGCCUCCUCUACACCAGAGCUUGCAUCCCAUCCAUCAGCGCCACAUCACCGUGCCCACCAGCAUCCCACAGCAGCAGGUCUUUGCCCUGGCAGAACCCAAGCGGAAGCCAUCUCUCUUCUGGCACACCUUCAACAAACUCACCCCAUUCAAAAAGUGAAGGACUUUCCAGCAUGGAGAGAGACUUGUUCCAAGGAAGGACCUUGGAGACCCAGUUAAGCGUAUUUAAGCUCAGUGAAUCUCCAGUUUUGGAGGAAAAACCGUGGGCUCCCUUGAGCCAGAAAUAUAACUUUGUCUAGAAGAAUAAUGAAGUGGCUCAGCAAUGCUCUGAAGCAAAUGUUGCCAAGUGUCAGCAUUGCUAAUGAAGAGCAGUUUCCUUCUGACAAAGACAGCUUACUGUUACUCUAAAGCAGCAGUAUUUGAUCUGUUUCUUAGUUAUGCUGAAGUAAUGAUAGAACUGUGCAGGUCAUUAUAACAUUUCAUUUUUCUUAAUCUUAUGCUGAUGGCCAAAUUUAAUAUAGGGAGGGGUUUUUCCUUAAGGAUAUCUCAGCAAGGAAUCUUGGGGGAGUUUUCUCCUUUUGGAGAACCAAGCAGGAGCUGCCCAUUAAAAUCAGGUGGAUGACAUGCUGUUGCUGGGUUUGGUGGACCCUAAUCCUUCCUGUCUUUUUCUAUUAAAUUGCCAAAUGGCAGGAGAAUGUCCCACAGGGCCUUAUCAUAUUCCAGAUUGGAACAGGGAAGUUUUAUUCUGUCAUAUAGAAACAUGAAGAGAGUGCAAAAUGGACUACAAAGAUGUGUGCAUUUAUUGCAUACAAGUGGAUACAAGAGGCACCCAGGGCAUCUCUGAUUUCUUUCAGUCAGAGCAAUAUAUUGCUUGCAUGUAUACUCUUCAGUAUAGAGCUUUUAUAUCACUUUUUGUGCACUUCUUAGCCUGGGAGAUGCUUCUUUAUAUUCCCAGUGUGCUUAUUUCUCUGUGAAAAAAGUUUGUUUUUUUUUUUAAUGGAGAUAAUGUGAAUGUACAAUGUCAGAGGUGAGACAGUACGGGCUGACUGCUGACUGCUGGCUAUAUUACUUAGCUCACACACUUUGUACUCAUGUAGCUUCACUUAGGAAACGGAUGAAUGGUAAUGGAAUCUCCAUUAAGUUCUCAAAACAGUCUGGAUCCAUGCUUCUUCUACACUGGCAAUCAACAAUGAGUUGCGACCAGAUUUCUUCACAAAGAAAGAGAAGUCCUUACUGGAAGGGACAGAAUAAUUAUGUGAAUCAAAGAUGCAUUUCUGUCUCAGAGUCAUUGGUCUGUGCUGGAAGGGGAAGGAUCUGGCUGGAGAAAAGUCAGCUCUGGUCAGCAUCUGCAGGAUGUGACCUGCAUUGUUGUGAGUUGAUUUGGGAGAAUAACUUUUAAUGCCACCAAGAAGAAACAGGAUCUCACUAUUUGCAGCACUGAUCAUUUCUACUCACUAACUCACAAAGGAUGAAAGACUGUUGGUAAUAUGGAAGGAAAAAAGGACUCCUUAUGUUUCAGAACUGGUUUGUUAUGAAUGUUUUUCAAAUACUUUAUUCUAUGCUGCUGAUCAGGGGCAUUAUCAGAUGAUAAGCGUAGAUCCAAGAGUAUUCUUUGACAGUGGACACAAUCACCUUUGUAAUGAAUCUGUAAUAUAUGAAGAACAAACAAUAGGCUAGAGGCCAGGCAUCUUAAUAACAUGUAAAAAAAGCCUUAUUUUAAACAUGUAUUUGUUCCUACUGCUGUUCUUACCUCUAUCUUUCUACUUGUUGUCAGUGUUGUGAAGCCCACUAAUCUGAUGGUUUUAUGAUUCGGUAACUUUCUGCAACUUCUGCAAAGUGCAGGUUUGUAGUUUUGAUUUUAAAUGACAUGUUUGACAACUGUACAUUUCAAAUGCCUUGUGUAUAUGGCUCAGCAAUAAUGCGAAGUCUAGUGAUGCUCAGCCAAAUUGUUCACUCCAUGGUGAACUUCAUUGCUUGUGCUUUUCCAUAGUGAUAGAAGAUGACCUGAACAGUUAGGAACUGGAAAUAAGCACUGACAUUUUCAACAGCCCAGCUUAAAGAAAGCGCACAAGAAGGACAGCGACAAAAGCUGGCUGGGUUCAGUUCUCAUGUUUAAAACAAGCUGUCUAAAAGAUAAUUUGGCGUGCUCAAUUUAAACUGAAUGAACUGACUUCCAGAUGCCAGUGUGGAUGCAUGCCCUUCCACAUAACUGAACAACACUUUUGUGCUUCUUACGUACCCAUUUUCAGGGGUACAUCCCAUAUUCAGGCCUGCAAACCAAAGUGGUGCAUGUAUCACGGAAGCGGAGAUAUUUCAUAUCCACAUUUUGAAAGAUUUGUUCCAGAUGUAAAUGCAUCUGAAGUUGGAUUGCAGUUCACAUGCAGAAACUUUCCCAGAGUGACCUGAAGACAUUAUGAGAGUUACAAUUUUGUCUUUGAUGAAAAGAUUUUGGGAUGUAUCUUCUGUCACAUCAGUGCCCAUAAAGGUUCUUCCCAUAUAGUAGUGCUGGUGCCUUAGCCCUGACAAUGAACAGAAAUAUUUGUAUGUGGUUUUGAAUGCAGCAGGUUGUUUUGUUUUGUUUUUUCCUCAAAGAGAACUUAAUUUCAGAAAGAGAAAACGUUUCAUGGUGCAAAUAACUCAGGACAGUUUUAUAGAUAGUGCCCUAUGUGUAGAUCUGUUUUAUAAUAUCCUCUGUGUCUUUCUUUGCAAUCUUCAAUAGAUGAAGAGGCUACCAGCACUGUAUUUUAUUGGGUUAUAUAUUUGUCGGUCAAAGAAUGUGCUGGCUAUACAGCAAGACUGAUAAAAUACAAGAAGGCAGGCCAAAUUUGAACUACACCAUAAUCUUUUAAAUGAAUUACAGUUAAACAAAAACACACAAUUACAUUAUCCAACAAAUAAGGCAAAAGUUUACUUGGGGAUCAGUCUGAUUUCAGAGCCUGUGGGGAAAAGAGCUGCUAAUAAAAUGUAAAAUUUUCUGCUCUAGCACCUCUGUCCUUUAGCAGAACAUGAAAGUCCUGACUCUCCUGAGACAAAACUUACCUUCAGAAAGCUGUCUUUCCCACUUGCUUUUGUUUGCUAUAAGUUACUGUCAAAUGUUCUAGGGCAACUACUAAGCAUACUUGUGCCUCAUUUAGCUAAAGCACAGCCAGAGCCUUCCUGAUGGCCUGCUGAGCAGACAACCUCAGACUUUUUGCAUGAGAUGCAGUAAAAUGUAAUUGUCCUCAAAUGUGUUCCCACUGAGUUAGGAUAAUGCCAAACCAUAAUUGCAUCUAACUGGGAGCAUUUGAUGUAUAAAAUAAUAAGAUUGUUUUACAAGUGGCUCUUGUCAUGCUAAAUUUCACAUUAAGUUUUAGUGGUCAGUGUAGUGAGGGAGUUCAAAGACAGACUGCUUAAAUGUUCUGCGUUUUAGCUGUCUUUUGAAAAUAAUUAGAGCAGAGUUUUGGAGCCAAAGGUCUUUAGCCAUAACUAACACCGUACCUUUCCUCGACCGCCUUUCUGCUUUUUUUCUAUAUGUGGCAUCUGUGUGUAGGAGAUGCCUUCUGAACGAUCUCUAAUUUAAAACUAUUUGUUGUAAAUACUAGGGAUGAACUUGCGUAUGUAUUUUAUUUUGACAAGUGUUUUGUAACAUUUUACCUUACUUUGUGCAUCUCACCAUCUGUGUGCUGUUACAUGUGCUGUAAAUGAAGUGUCUUGGCUACAGAGCAGAUGAGUUGGCUGUUGACGGCUGAAA